CCGUUUAACGUCCACUGCUCGUAUCGCUGAUAUUGACAGCAUGGCGGUCGACGAUACCUUCAAGCCUGCGCGUAUUCGCGGUCUUCUCUUCAUUGCAGGAAUCUUCUUGGUCUUUCUCCAGGCGGGUCUCUAUACAGGGCACCGUCAGACAGUUGCUCCGUUACAGAGGACGGUGCAAAUCAAGCCCGGGUCGACUAUUACCGAGCACCCAAUUCCUAAGCUCAUGGCUCAGGCAGAAGACAAAUUCAGAAACCUGUUAAAAAGACAGAGCAAGUCACUCUCGGAGGCAGUCGCAGAAUACAAGAGGAGAUACAGUCGCGACCCGCCGAAAGGGUUUGACGAGUGGUUUAAGUUCGCCAUGGAAAAAGGCGUCAAAAUUAUUGACGACUACAAUGCAAUAACGGAGGAUCUUCUCCCAUUUAUGUCGCUUUCUGGUGAAGAGCUACGAAGAAGGGUCGACCAGGUCAGCCAUCUUCCGUCAAUUGACAUGGUUCGGUUGUACAAUGGUACUGUAAAGGCCAUGAACAUGCAACAAAACAGGUGGCAAGAUGAAGAAGUCAGCGGUCGUGCGAAUGGUUUCAGACGAAUGAUAGAGAAAGUUGGAGACAGGCUCCCGGACAUGGAUUUCCCAAUAAAUGGCAAGGCAGAAGGUCGAAUCCUCAUUCCUUGGGAACACAAGCAGUACCCCGAAUUGAGCGUCCGGGAUACUUCAGGUGGUAUUGACGCAGUAAUUGGGUCUGACUUCACCGCGGACUGGCGCGGCGACGGGAACGUGUGGGAAUCCUGGAGACGCACUUGUCCCCGGGACUCGAAAGCUCGCAAACUAUUCUCUUCUAUCAAGACUUUGGUGCAAGCACCGCGAGCAGUUAAUUUUCUAGGCUACAUUAACGGCAGGCCGGCGGCAUCUGCUGGUGAAAACCUGACUUUUGCGGAGAGUGUCGACGACAAGUACGAUUUUUGCGAAAAUCCGUCGCAGCAUUACCAACAAGGACAUUUCUUCUCCGAUUGGCGCACCAUUUCUGUACUUUAUCCAGUAUUUUCACCAGCAAAGACACAAGGCUACGCGGAUAUCCGGAUUCCCAGCCAUUAUUACCAUCAGGCAACGCCACAAUAUACAUACAGCUGGGAUACCAUUAAUUUAAAAGGCAAGGCAACUGACGACAUGGAAGUUUCAUGGGAUAACAAAAAGGACGUUAUCUUCUGGAGAGGUGCGACGACCGGGGGCGGCAACUCGCCUUCUGGGUUUGCCGCACAGUAUCAGCGUCACAGGUUUGUACGGAUGACGAGUUCACACAGUGAUGAAAAUCGUACUGUCGUGUUCCCCGCCCCAGAUGCGUCAUCCUACAUGUCUGCAUCCGUCCCUAUCAAAAAGCUGAAUGAAGAGCUUAUGGAUGUUGCGUUUGUCCGUUUACUUGGGGCCGAGAACUAUCCUGGUGGCCGUGCAGCUUUACACAAGGCGCACAGAUUCGACAAGGCCGUUCCCCUUGGCGAGCAUUGGAGGUACAAGUAUCUCGUAGAUGUCGACGGUAUGGGCUACUCUGGGCGGUUCUUCUCCUUCCUUGCAUCGGAUAGUGCACCUAUAAAGGCCACUGUAUAUCAAGAGUACUUCUCUGACUGGUUGCAACCCUGGUUGCACUACAUCCCCCUCUCGCAGACGUAUGAGGAAAUCUACAAUAUCUUUGCGUUCUUUUCAGGGCCAACGCAGUCCAUGCGAGAGGCAUCAAAUUCUUCGUUAACUGAUUCGCGGGAACGCUAUGAUGACGGCCAACGCCGAUUGCGACGUAUCGCCCGUGCGGGGAAGCACUGGAAGAACACGAUCGGACGGCCAGUAGACAUGGAAGGCAAGUUCUCUUUUAUAUUUUCUUUCUGCGUUUACCGAGCAAUGCCUUUCCCCGCGUUGCUCGGGAUUUACAUAUACCGCCUGGCUCUAGAAUGGGCGAGGCUGUGGGCAGAUGACCGAGAAGCAAUGAGCUUCAAGCUGGAGAAGAACCCUUUCGAAGCUGGUGGCCCCGCCGCCUAGUGGAUUAUGUAUUUCUUAUGUCGACGGGUAAAGAGGCGGUUUCUUUUUGUGAUGGGCAGGAAUAGACAUUCGGUCGUUUUUUGGAUAGAGUCCUGCUCUGGUCUACAUUUUUUUUUCCUGGGUUGCCAGACGCUGAUCUAGUUUACAAAGGACUAAUAGCUGCAAUUGCCAUGUCUGCUCUUUUGACGCAUAAUU